AUGAAGUAUUUGUUCCUAGCAAUUACUGUGCUUAUUGCAGCACAUUACUGCAGUUCACUUGCAGUGGAUGGUGGAGAUACGCUUCUCUUAGGGGCUUCCCUCAGUGGAAAUCAGACCCUAAUUUCGAAAAAUGGCACGUUUGCAUUGGGAUUUUUCAGUCCGAGAGGAACGGAAAACUGGUAUAUUGGCAUCUGGUAUGUACCAAUCUCUCAGAAGGCCAUUGUUUGGGUGGCUAAUAGAGAAAAUCCUGUCAGAAACAAGCCCUACAUUCUAAAAUUUUCUAGAGAUGGUCAUCUCAGAUUGUUUGAUAAGAAAGGACGGCUCGUUUGGUCGAUUGAUACUGACCAGAAAGGAUCACGAGCUGUGAUAAUGGACUCUGGCAAUUUCAUUAUGCUGGAAACCCACAAUGACUCGGCGGUUGUUUGGGAGAGUUUCGCGCAUCCGACAGAUACAUGGUUGCCUGGCAUGAAGAUGUGGAAAGGCAUGAAGCUUACUUCCUGGAAGAGUUCUUCAGAUCCUGCAACUGGGCUCUUCUCUUACGGAAUGGACAUGUCUCCAGGAAAGACACAGAUGAUGUUGUUCUAUAACAACACGAUUCCAUACCUGUCCAGUGGAGAAUGGACUAGGGGUUAUUUUGCUAAGGAACCCCAAUUGGAAGGUUCCAAGAAACUUCAAGCGUCAUGUGUAAGGCUUUCUCCUUCAAGAAUAUACAUUAAUUAUGUUAUAAACCAGAUAGAUCAUAUCCUCAUGGGGCGGAUCCUGGUAAGUGACAAUGGCAGAUUUCAACUUGACUACUUGAUGGAUGAUGGUAGAUGGAGUAUGAGGUGGUCGACAUACCAAGGUCAAUGCAGUGACUAUGAAAUCUGCGGGGCGUAUGGACUUUGCAAUGCGAAUGAUGUGUGCAGUUGUGUCCAGGGCUUCACGCCCAAGAACGGCUCAAAAAGUUGGUGGUCAAGUGGGUGUGCUCGCCGAAGACCCCUGCAUUGCUCUGUCACAGAGGGUACAUCCGACGGCUUCUCGGAAGCCAAGGACCAAUACUUGUCCGGAAAAGAAGCUGUUUUAUACAAGAAGCAAACUCAGCAAGGCUGCCGGAUUGCCUGUCUCAACAAUUGCUCCUGCACAGCCUUUGCUUUCUCUAUUUCUGAUCCAGCCGUCUGUAGAUUGUGGUUUGGAGAUUUAUUCGGAAUGCGCGUUUCGUCUGAGGGCCAAUCCGUCUUCAUCAGGCUGUCUGCUUCUGAGUUGCCGCAGUUGAAAUCAGAGAAAAGCAACAAAGCUCCUAAACUUACCAUUUUACUUCCUGCCGCCGCAUCCCUUCUUGCCGUUUCGGCUCUCCUGUCGGCCGUACUAAUAGUGUGGAAACGUCGAAGAGUGUGGAAGAAAGAAGUGGAAGAGGAGGUGGCAAUUUCGCUCAAAAGGUUCAGUUACAAAGAGCUGCGAAUUGCAACGGAGAAUUUCAAGCAUAAGCUGGGUAGCGGAGCUUUCGGCUCUGUGUUCAAAGGAACUUUGCCAGACAAAACGCCUGUUGCAGUUAAAAGAUUAGAGGGUUCCUCGCAUGCAGAAAAACAAUUCCGUGCGGAAAUAAUCACCACUGGCAGAUUACAGCACGUGAAUUUGAUCAGGCUGUGGGGUUUCUGCGUAGAAGGCUCUCGAAGGCUUCUAGUGUAUGCCUACAUGCCUAAUGGCUCUCUAAACUCCUUCCUCUUCUCUGAGUCGGAAGACGUAGAGAAGGGAUGGCAUCAUUCACUGCGAUAUCAAGCCUGA